AAAAUUUAAAACUUGUACUUUUGGGUAAGGAUAAAAAUGAUUAUAGUUAAUAAUAAGGGUAAAUUAGGAACUUAGUGAUUAAUUCUGUCUUGAUUUUUCAAAUUGGACAAGUAAAAGUGAACAUCUAUUUUUAGUAGCACGGACAAGUAAAAGUGAACAAAGGGAGUAUUAUAGACCCAUUGUAAUCACCAAUGCUCCUUUAAUUUAGUUAAUUGCGAUACAAAAUAAUUAAUCCCUCCGUCUCAAUUUAAGUGUCUUAGUUUGGCUAGACAUGAAGUUUAAGAAAUGAGGGAGACUUUUCGAUCUUAUGGUUCUAAAUUAAAGAUGUCUGUAAUGUACUAAAAUGUCAUCUGAAUUUUGUGAUUUUAAACUUGUCAUGUAUGGUGUUUGAAUUCCAAGUUUUGUAGCUGUAUUUGACAAAAGACGUAGUUCAACUAGUACUCUGCAUGCGGUUGCAAGAUUUUCUAGAAUGUUAUUAGAGAGUACUAGCUUUUAGCAGUUCUUUGAAUCUGGAGAGCACUUUAAAACUUGAUUGAUUCAAAAGAUGUGCAUGCAAAUAAUAAAUUUAGCCAUGAAAUAUUUUCCUGUUUGGUUAGCCCGACAAGAUUUGGAAUUUGGAGUCCAACGUGGAUUUUUUGUCCUGCAAUUCAAUGGUUUUAGGCUUAAUACAUCCCAAGUCCCUACACUUUAGCUUUUAUGUAUUGGUCAGCAUUCAUUUGUUGACUAAUAGGGUAUUUUAGUUCUAAAUUAAUCCACUUAGGACAAAUUAAUAAUGAUCUCCGUGGCUCCAGUUGAGUUUUCUUGCAAGGACUUUUUACCAGUAUUGUGCUUCAUUAAAGAUACCACUAACACAGACUUGCUUAACUUUUGGAGACUCCAAAAGUUAACUCAUGAGUUAGACAGCUCAUAAGCUUCUCAUAUCUCUCUUUCCUGUCUGAUAUGAGAUUUCACUGGGAGUCACUGUACAUUAAAGAAUUGAAACUAUUUGAUGUCCGAUGUUGGAUAAGUCUUAAGAUAAACCGAAAGCCUCCUUUUGCCUUAAUUAAUUAAUUUAUCAAACAUAAACAACUAUGUCAACCAAAAAAAAAAAAAAAAGAGUAAAAGGAGAAACGAGGGCUACCUGGUGUUUACCUAUGGAUGCUUAUUGCUUCGCUGCAUCUCUUUGUUUUAGCAUGGGAUGUUCAUGUAUAGGAAGAGAUCCAAAAGAAUAAAUGGCAGCAGGUUUUAGGAAAGGGAAGCAGGGGUGGGUUUAUAGUAUAACUAGCCAAUUCAUUUGAACCGAGUAGCUUCGGCUCAUACAUUGUAGCUAUGUGUUAAAAUCACUUUAGAUGGUAGCCAUCGUUCUUUUCUUGCCCAUCAGCCAAAUAUGUUGUAGGGUAAGAAGCACGCCUUUUGGAAAUGACUGCCCGAACACAACUACCUACAGUCCAAAUAGCUUGUAUCGUUCUAACCUCAAGUUGCUAGUAUCAAACCUUUCAUCUGGCUUUGGUGAAAACAAUUGCUAUUACAACUCCACUACUGGUGGUGAAGAUGGUUCUGAAAAAAAUGUGUGGUAUGUUUUUGUGUAGAGGUUACGUCUCCGAGGAUGAAUGCUAAGAUUAUGUGACUGGGGCUACUGCAAAAACAAUUCAGUAUUGCCCCAAAUUAAAAAUGGAUAUGUUUUUUAUGAGCAUUGCUUCUUAACGAUAUUCAAAUCAAUCAACAUAUCCGGAGCCAGAUUGAUCCAUAUUUACCAAUCCAGCAUUUACGUGCUAUGUAAUGGUCGCACAAUUAACAUUGAACCAGCCAGCAGCUAAGAGACAUGAUGGAUGGAAUUGGUGACUGCUAUUGAUCACUGGGGCAAAAGAUUUUUAACUAAAGAAAUCAAUUUCACUAAUCAGAAAACGAUAUGUACCCUUGCUCAGUUCAUUCCUGGUCUUUCAGCUUCUGACUGCCUAAAAUGCCUUAAAACUGUGAUAACCAAGUCCCCAGUCUGCUGUUAUGGGCGACGGGGGUGCUAGAAUUUACUACCCUAGCUGUAAUAUCAGGUAUGAGGAGUAUCUUUUCAACAAAAUCAAAAAAGUACCUGUGCCUCCUCCUGCUCCAUCCAAAAAUAAAGGUAGAGUUUACUACUACAAUAUCUUUAGAGGUAAGUUUACAGAUGACUAGUUUUCUUCUUGCUGAGAAACACCAAACACCAUAGUUCACUUUGUUGGUGUCGCACCUCUAAGUACAUGUUGUGGUUGAUGACUUAACCAGGUUCUUCCUCAGGACUCGAUAUUCUUAAAUCGGAUGCAGCACAUGAUAGAAUUCCAAUUAAAAAUGUAUUCUUGAUUGUUUGUAUGGUCGUUGCUAUCAUUCUUUUGAUUCUAAUCUUUAAGGAGAAGUAGGAAAAGGAAUAGUCUAAAGGAGAUGAAGGGUAAAAUCCGAAGACUUUAUAUAUGACUUUACUAUAAUUCAAGUGCUACACAUGUUCUAUUAAUAUAUAUGUUGCAGAUCUCAAGGGGAUUUUAACAGCUGAAUCCUUGCAAUAUGACUUUGGUACAAUAGAAGCUGCCACAAACUGCUUGUCUGCGCAAAACAAAAUUGGUAAAGGUGGAUUUGGUGAUGUCUAUAAGGGGGAAUUUCUUACUGGACUAGAGGUAGCCGUAAAAAGGCUAUCAUGAAGGUCAAGCCAAGGUUUAGAAGAAUUUACGAAUGAGUUUGUACUUGUAGCAAAGCUUCAAAACAGAAAUUUAGUGAGGCUACUUGGUUUUUGUUUGGAAGGAGAAGAAAAGAUACUCAUCUACGAGUUCAUAUGUUGGUUUAUUUGGCACGAAGAAGCAAUCAUCAUUGGAUUGGUCAGUACGUGACAAGAUUAUUAGAGGAAUAGUGCGCGGAUUAGUUUAUCUUCAUGAAGAUUCUCGUCUUCAAAUCAUACACCGUGACUUCAAAGCAAGCAACAUAUUGUUAGACAAAGAUAUGAACCCAAAAAUUUCAGAUUUCGGCAUGGCUAGAAUCUGUGGAGUUGAUCAAACUGAAGGAAGCACCAACACAAUUGUGGGGACAUACGGUUACAUGUCACCAGAAUAUGCACUGAAUGAUCAAUUCUCUGUGAAGUCCGAUGUAUUCAAUUUUGAUGUGCUUCUUCUGGAGAUAAUAAGUGGAAAGAGAAAUAGAUCUUUUCAUCAUGAAGAUGGACUUGAAGACCUCCUCACUCAUGACUCGAUAUUCCUAAAUUGGAUGCAGCGCAUGAUGGAAUUUCAAUUAAAAAAGUACUCCCAAUUGUUUGUACAGUCAUUGCCACCAGUCUUUUGAUUCUAAUCUUCAUUGGAGGCUUACCUUUAAUACGGAGGAGAAUUAGGAAAAGGAAUAAUCUAAAGAAGAUGAAUGACCUCAAAGGCAUUUUGACAGCUGAAUCCUUGCAAUAUGACUUUGGUACAAUAGAAGCUGCCACAAACUGCUUCUCUGCGCAAAACAAAAUUGGUAAAGGUGGAGUUGGUGAUGUCUAUAAGGGGAAAUUUCUUACUGGACAAGAGGUAGCUGUAAAAAGGCUAUCAAGAAGGUCAAGCCAAGGUGUAAAAGAAUUUACUAAUGAGGUUGUACUUGUAGCAAAGCUUCAACACAGAAAUUUAGUGAGACUGCUCGGUUUUUGUUUGGAAGGAGAAGAAAAGAUACUGAUUUAUGAGUUAGUGCCUAACAAAAGCCUCGACUAUUUUUUAUUUGACACAAAGAAGCAAUCAUCAUUUGAUUGGUCAAUACGUGACAAGAUUAUUAGAGGAAUAGUACGAGGAUUAGUUUAUCUUCAUGAAGAUUCUCGUCUCCGAAUCAUACACCGUGAUCUCAAAGCUAGCAACAUAUUGUUAGACAAGGACAUGAACCCAAAAAUUUCAGAUUUCGGCAUGGCUAGAAUCUUUGGAGUUGAUCAAACUGAAGGAAGCACUAACACAAUUGUUGGAACAUACGGUUACAUGUCACCAGAAUAUGCACUGCAUGGUCAAUUCUCCGUGAAGUCAGAUGUAUUCAGUUUUGGUGUGCUUCUUCCGGAGAUAAUAAGUGGAAAGAGAAAUAGAUCUUUUUAUCAUGAAGGUGGACUUGAAGACCUUCUUACUCAUGCUUGGAAGCUGUGGAAAGAUGGUAAAGCUAUGGAACUUGUUGAUCCAACUCUUGAUGACUCAAAUUCAACAUCUGAAGUCAUGAGACGUAUUCACAUUGGGUUGUUGUGUGUUCAAAAUGAUCUGGACGAAAGACCUACAACCGCCUUGGUAGCUCAUAUUCUCAGUUCCGAUUUUGCUACUCUACCCGAGCCAAAUCGACCUGCAUCUUUUAAGGAUUAUACUAGAAUAAGAAAGUUCGAUCAACUCUCCAAGAAAUCCAUUCCUUUGUCAUCCGUUUGCCGAGAACCAAUUACUGAAGUCUAUCCAAGGUAGGUAUUCGAGGGGAAAAGGCUUGAAAGCAUUGAGUGUGUACUGCAUUGUAAGAUUUGUUCAUUGUAAAUAGCUGGGGAUCGUACAAUCAGAAUCACAAGUAUGUAAGGUAUUUUCACUAGUAAAGUUCAAGUUCAUGAUUAGAUUGGAAAGUUCAAAUAACUGUGCAAUUAUAACAAUAGAUAUUUUGGUUGUGUUUUAAUGAUGGUAAUGCCUGAAUGUCAUUCAUGUCUUAGGUUGUAAUUUAAGGUGUUAGCAGUGUUGGAGUGACUGUUUUCAGAUUUCUUCUUGUAAUAUCAGUGUAUCUAGUGUAAAACAUCAGUAUUUGUUCCUUUAUUUACUGCUUUACGCAGAAAAGUCUAUCAGAUCUCCAUGACUCCAGUUGAGUUUUCUUGCAA